UAAAACCCUAAUUUUGGACACAGGUGGUAUCUCUUAAACCCACCUCCGAUUUUGGUUUGACAGACAAUAAAUCGGAAGGAGGAAGAAGAUGGUUUGGUUUCAAUGCGAGGACUGUGGAGCGAGUCUGAAGAAGCCAAAGCUCCCGACUCACUUCAGGACAUGCCGUGCCUCAAGGUUAUCGUGCAUCGACUGUGGAGAAACGUUUGGACAAGACAGUGUACAAGGACAUAACCAGUGCAUUACCGAAGCUGAGAAGUAUGGUCCAAAAGGGCAGUCAAAGGCAUCCAAUGGCACACCUGCAAAGCCCAAAGACAACUCUAAGCAGCAGCCAGACUUUGAUAUAAACGUUGGCUUGUCAAAUCGGUAUCCAUGGUUUUGUAGCUUAUGUAACACAAAGGCUACUAGCCAGCAGACUUUACUUGCCCAUGCUGAUGGGAAGAAACACCGAGGAAAAGCAAGAAGCUUCCAUGCUAAACAACAAGGAUCGGAAACCCCUGUGGAAGUGGAUGCAACAGAGAAUGCUUCUAAUGGUGUUACGGAAGAGAAGAAAGAAGAUUUACCUGUCUCCUCGGGUGCUGUGAAUGGAGACUCUCAAGUUGAUAAGAAGAGAAAGCUGGAGACUUUGGGUGAAAACAACGGAGAAGUUGUUCAAACCGAAGGAAGUGAAGUGAAGAAAGCAAAGAAGCAGGAGGGCCGUGAGAAGAAAAUCAAUUGGAAGAAGUUGAUCACUUCGGCUUUGAAAUCUAAGGAAGAUAAAACUUUGAAGAUGAAGAAAUUGAAGAAGCUCGUUCUGGAAUCUCUUGUGGGUUCAGGCAUAACUCUAGACAAAUCCGACCUCAGUGAGGAGGUAGAGCAAAAGGUGAACUCGAGCUCCAGAUUCACUGUUGAUGGCAAGUACGUGAAACUUGUGGCUAAAGAUUGAAUCGGAUUCUUGAGACAAGCAACAGUAACAUGUCCCUGACUCAGAAUCGGAUUUCAUUUUUGCCUUGUGAUUCAUUAGCAUUAUUGUCUGUACCAAGUUUUGGAUUCUCAUUAUGGUUAAACCCUGAAACAGUUCUGAAGCUGUGACUAUUUUAUUCUGAGUUAGACUUA